AUGUCUCCUAACAGCGACAAUGCCAUGGCCCGCUUCCUGUUCGCCAUCUUGAAGCAGAAGAACCUCAAAGACAUUGACUGGAAUCAAGUGGCUGCCGACCCCGUCCUCAUAGAGCCCAUCACCAACGGCCAUGCCGCCAGAAUGCGUUACUCGCGCUUCCGAGCCACAGUCACCGGUCACACACCGUCCAAGAGAGGUCGACCGUCCGACAAGUCAAAAGUGUCCAAGUCGAAGAAGGGCGCUCCGACAAAGAAGGAGAAGCCCAUCAAGCAAGAGCCUGGCUCGUCAAGCCUCGCUGGAUACCCUCAGUUCUCGCCCGAAUCACUUCCAUCACUCACAUCACCUUACAUGCCCGACUGCGACGACUUCGCCGCUCGCUUCCUCACGCCUUGCAGCGACGACAUGACGCAGGCAUUGUCCAUGCCCCCCUCUCUUGAAAGCAUCCGCCACCCAAGCAGUCUGAUGUUUCCUCCUCUGGAUGGAAACUCGGACUUUUUGAACCACACCGGCCAUGGUGGCCUCCCUUCGACCUCUCAAUCUGCCUUUGACAUGGCCUACGACCUGAGCGGCUAUCCUGGAGAUGUUGCCAGUCAGGGAUUGUCUCACACUGGCGGAUCCCAGCCCUUGGGAGACUGGGACGACCGGUUGAACGACCACCACUUUUAA